UUUUAGUUUUCUAUUGUGCGGUUCUAUACAUUAGGGGAUUCAAAUUGGUUUGAUAAAAAUAUGUAUAUUCCUGUACUUUAUUGGAUUAUACAGUCGUAAAGAACGUCUCAUUUGAUAUAUGAUUCGAUUAUCGCGCUGCUGGAGUGCGCAUGCGUCGAAGAAUAGCAAGUCAAAAGACUUAUUACUUAUAUAUUCUGGACGUAAUUUAUAACCAUACAUUGUAUUGAAUUUAUAUUUCCUUAUAUUUCCUAUUGUACCAAUAGGAAAGUUAUUAUAGAAUAUAUUGUGAAUGUUCAGUGACAUAUUGCAUUAUCCACUUCAAAAGCGUCCCACAAUUUAAAAUAAUUUAGUACUGUGUCACCUAUUCUUUCUACCUAGAUUACGUGUUUAGGAGAAACAAUUUUUUUUAUCAGUUUUCAAAUGGUCCUCGCUUUUCCUGAACAACUUGUUCGUGUCGUGUCAGUUUUGAAAUACGCGUGCCAUAUGCAUAUCGAUUUUCACAUCUAUCGGAACGCACCAUCGUAGAACAAUCGUGAGUUAAACAGAAGAUAACCAUGGCAGAAAACCGCGUCCAAUGUCGCAGGUUGACUGUGCCUCUUGGCAACGGGACGACUGCUCCCACGAAUCAGACAACAAUAGUCUAAUAACACCUUGCAUAUAUACUACGUUCGAGUCCCUUUAUACGAAACUGCAUUACGAGUCUUCAGAGUUCUCUUCAUCGUACGGUGUAACAUUUCAAUAAUCUCGUACAGUCGAUUAGUAGUAUUCAUUUCUUCGUUAAGAUUUAUUUUAUUUAAGAAACAAACAAUUAUUUUGAAAAAAGAAAGAACCGAUCUCAUAACUCCUAUUUUCUAUUUUAACUCUUCACUCCAACUCUUAUUUCUUAUAUUUUAAAUAAACUACAUAAUUUGCCAAUAUAUUUAACCAUUAUACGUAUCAAUGUUUACUUGAAUAUUACGUUUUAUACUAGUAAAAAAAUCCCACGAUUUCCUUGUUUCAACAAUUUUAUCUCGCUAGAUCGCUGAAAUGUCACACGCUGUGCCGCGUUAAAAGACACCACCCCGUAUACACGCGUCGGUGUCUACACGAGGAGCGGCACAGAGGGGCUUGAAUCGUGUGCCGAUACACCAAUACACAUCGUAUGUUUGCGAGAGACAGAGAAAGGGUGCCAGCGAGAAGCAGAGAGAGAAAGAACGAGAAGAAGAAGAACGGAGUUGAGUCGAGUCGAGUCGAGUCGGCUGUUGCCGGCUGCGAGUUUUCCCCUCCCUCGAUCCUUUGCCGCCCCUCUCCGGCUGCACCCCUCCAGCCUAGUCGCUUCAAUCACCCCACGUCCCUCCGGCGAGUCGACAUAUUCCCCCCUCUGACCUCUCCGUACCCUUCAACAGCCCAGAGUCGAGUGGUCGCCAUCGUCCUCCCUUCGAUCCCCUCGUCCAUCUUCUUCUUCCCCCUCUAGAUUCGUCGUCUCGCUCUACUCCUCUGUCCCCUCGGCUCCUCUCGUGGCGUGCCACGACUCGUGGCGAAGUUUUAGCGUCGCCUACCUCUACUCGUGGCGUGCCUACAACUCUUAGCCGGAUCUAUUACGCGCAGUUUUCGUGUUCGCGCGACGUUUCGUCCUCGCAACUUCGUUCGUCGCAGCCUUUCCUUCUUUUUUUCCCUUUCUAUAUUAACUCUAUUCUCACCAUUCGCCUCUUCCCUCGUCCGUCAUCUGUUUCCUUGUUCGUGUUGUACGCGGGUUCGCGCGGCGUGUGCGCUCGUGCCCGGCCGCUAGUUUUCCAGUGUGUAACACGAGCUCAGUGUGAAACGACGUCGGCUGAAUACGUUUUUUCUCUCUCGUCACGCGGGUGCACCGGAAGAAAGAGAAUCGCCCGAUCUCGCCGGAAGUCAACGAAGCUUACCGGCUCGGCUACCGUGAUUCGCGACGCGCCAUCACCUAACCUCCAAACGCCUGUCUCUCGUUUUCGCGAACCGUGACAAUCGGCGGCUGCGUCCUCCUGCUGGCUCCCUUGUCUCCGUGACGUUGUCUUCGAUUCGAUAUUCACGCGGCGUUCGCGCGUUCGUUCACUUCACUGAUCGUGUAGUGCGUGCGCGGAAAUCAUCGAUCUCCGGUUUUCGAAAGUGAGACCAUCUUCGCCCGAUCGAGUCGUUAUAAUCACCGCGACAUCUCGUGGAAAUAAAGAAAUAAGAAAAUAUUGUAUAUAUCUAAUCUGUGCCUCUUUGUCGUUUGUGUGCUUUGUGCCAAGGAUAUUCACGGUGUGUGUACAAUUAUUUUACUACGUCGCCGAUCUCUCUCAGGGAACACUUUUUUUUUGGAUACGAUCUUCUCGCCUGUGGGCCACGUCCUACCGUUUGCACGGUAGGUCUAGUAAGCAAUAAAUUGAUUUGUGUUCUGUGCACGAAGGGAAAGUACGUGCGAAGAUUCUAGACAGUAUGAUGAUGGCAAACCUACCCCCCGUUAUGCUGCCACCCCUUACCGACUAUGGGAUGCUGACUCCUACCCUCGGAAUAAAGGUAAGCUCCUCAAAGAAUUCACUUAAAAUUCUUUCAAUCAACAACAGUCCAUUCCUUCCACCGGUGAGUGUCCCGGAAUUCCAGUACGCUCGAGGGACGGGCGCGUCCCUUACGAUGAGGGGUAGCGACGAGCUUCUGUCGCAAAGCGGAGCAGUUAGCAAUGGUGCUGCAAUGAGUCCACAACCACAUCACGCGGCCGACAACAACAAUGACGCCAAGAAGGUUAAACUCGACAAGAGCCACAACGGCAAACUUUCGAGGGUUAUCCACAUCAGAAACAUCCCCAACGAAGUAUCAGAGGGUGAAAUCAUCCAUCUUGGCGUCCCCUUCGGCCGUGUUACAAACGUUCUCGUCCUCAAAGGCAAAAAUCAGGCGUUCCUGGAAAUGGCGGAUGAAAAUGCUGCUGCGACGAUGGUAAAUUACUAUGCCUCGUGUAUGGCUCAGCUCCGUGGCAGGGCAGUUUACGUUCAAUUCAGCAACCAUAGAGAACUCAAAACCGAUCAAACGCACACCAACAAUGCGAACUCGAACAACCAAGUUGCGCUUCCUGGACAGAACCAGGUGGCCCAGACGCAAGCAGAAACUCAAGGGGGGCCCAAUACCGUUCUCAGAGUCAUCGUCGAGCAGAUGGUCUACCCAAUUUCCUUGGACGUCCUCUAUCAGAUAUUCACGCGUUUCGGCAAGGUCCUCAAGAUCGUCACCUUCACGAAAAACAACACUUUCCAGGCACUAAUACAGUACGCGGACAUGCUGUCGGCGCAAACCGCCAAACUGUCGCUGGAGGGUCAGAACAUCUAUAAUUCCUGUUGCACGUUGCGCAUCGACUAUAGCAAGAUGCAGAACUUGAACGUGAAGUAUAACAAUGACAAGUCGAGAGACUAUACCAAUCCUUCUCUGCCAACUGGUGACGCGAAUUUGGACGCGGCUUCUCUUGCUUUGGGCGGCGAGCUUCUUCCACAGUUGUUAAUGGGCGCUGGAUCGCAGCCCCGCGCAAGAAUACCCGAGUCCAUUGCAGGGGCACCGGGUGUGCUGCCCACGCCCUUUGCGGCCAUGCACGGUCUACCCUCGCCCUUAGCGGGCCCAUACAACGGGGUCCCACCUACCGGCGGUUUGGCUGGCUUAGGUGGGUUCCCUCUGGGUGCAGCUGGUCUUGGAGUACGCGUUCCUACAAACGCGCAAACUUCCGCGGUCCUGCUCGUCAGCAAUCUCAACGAAGAGAUGGUCACGCCUGACGCUCUCUUUACCCUGUUUGGCGUUUACGGGGAUGUUCAACGUGUGAAGAUUCUCUACAACAAGAAGGACUCGGCACUGAUUCAAAUGGCCGAACCGCACCAGGCACACUUAGCAUUGACACACAUGGACAAAUUGCGAGUAUUUGGCAAGCAGAUCAAGGUAAUGCUGAGCAAACAUCAGACGGUACAGUUACCAAAGGAGGGCCAACCAGACGCUGGAUUGACGAAAGAUUAUACCAAUAGUCCUCUUCAUCGGUUCAAGAAACCGGGCUCUAAGAACUAUCAGAAUAUCUAUCCACCGAGUUCCACUCUGCAUUUAUCGAAUAUUCCUACAACUGUGACUGAAGACGAGAUCAGGGAUGCGUUCACCAAGAAUGGCUUCACUGUGAAGGCGUUCAAGUUCUUCCCAAAAGACAGAAAAAUGGCGCUCAUACAGAUGCCCAGCAUGGACGACGCCGUAGCUGCUUUGAUCAAAAUGCACAACUACCAGCUGAGCGAAUCCAACCACCUGAGAGUGUCAUUUUCCAAGAGCAACAUCUAACAAGAAUCACAAAUAUGCAACCGGCAGUGGUACCAGCCCUACGCCCUAGUCCCCUUUUGGAUACCCGGCUCAGUGUACGACUGAUGAUGAUAACAAGCGAUGGUGAUGAUCCUCGCUGAGUGUGCGGUCAGUCGCUGGUCCCAUUACCGCGACGCCAUUGGCUGGCCAACCUCUGGAUCUUACCUGGGAAACGAAGGAACAAAGCUUCCUCUGCGAAGCGGACAUAUAAAACGCGCACGACCUAACAUUCGUGUGCGGUGCAUUUCUAUUUUUCUUGACAGACCGUCUCUAAGACCAUUUUCGAACAGCGUACAGACAGACACGAUUUGUUAUCUCCAUACAUGCAUACACAUACACGCGGACACUCACACACACACACACACAUACACACACAGAUUAAAAAAAGAUACAAAACAGAAAACUAAAUAUACGAAGAUAAAAAAGGAUUAGGGCUGCGAAACAGCGAAAGGGAGGGUUGUGUUUGAAAGAGAAAAUAUUAAGAAAGUAAUCAUACACUGCUGGCUUUCGCGAGGCCAGAGAGAAGGAGAAAGCCAGGAUCGAUCUUAUAUUGAGAGAAAAAGAGAGAGGAGAGACACAGGAAGCGUGUGUUUCGCGUGAUAGGUGUAUGUUAUUCACGAAGGGAGGAGGGAGAGACUAGGUUUUUAACGAAAAAGAAAAAAAGGAAACGGAGGGGCUCGGUGAGAAGUAAGAAAAAGGGCCGAUUGGGUUCUUGUACAGAGUUAAGAACAAUUUUUCGAGCAUUAAGGUAUAUUCUAUAUACACAUAAAUCUAUAUAUAUAUAUGAUAUAUUUUACAAGGGUGACGCGCUCUGGCGGCGAGCCACGCGCGUUAUAUGACCCGCAAAUAACCACACGCAUGCACGCAGGAUCCGCAUGUGUGUGUGCUGACAGAAGAGAAAAAAUUACGUUCAAUAUAUAUAGAUAUAUAUAUAUAAAUAUUAUAUCACAUCUACCUUUUAACCGUCGCGAGAAUCUGUCUCGAACGCGCUGAAACAAAAUAACUAAAAAGCUUCGUCGAUGAAGGAUCCGAUCAAAUGAAAAUUUAAAAACUAAAAAAAAAAAAAAGAAAAAAAAUAAAGGAAAUGGAGUACGAUCGAAGCGAGAACGAGGGAAAUCGACUUUGAAAGUAGCGCGCGUACCAAGCCAGAUUAGUCGUUUAAGGCUAAUUGUCACGGGACCCUUUGCAGCUUUCGCGAGGUGCUACACUCGCGCCCUCUGCCCCGGGGCCGAUCCAAACACGCGAGCCAAUUAUUGUCGGAUCGAUUUAGGGACAGGGGACGAUUAUUUCUCGAUGUCUCCUCCGCCACGUGUCGCCGUCCUCGUGGUCCAGACACGACACACCAUCCCCCUUUUGUUUCGUUCUGACUUUUCUAAAAAUAUAGAAAGAAAAUCCCUUUCAGUAUUCAAAGUAUCCAGAGAGAGAGAGAACUGGAUUCGGGCGUGUACACGUAGACGUACAAUACGGCUGGCUCGCGACGCGACUGCCCACACGUGGCGGAGCGGCGCACUGUCGUUGCAGGUGGUAUUUUUAUAAUUUGUAUGUUCAACACACGAUAUAUAUUAUAUAUAAUAAGUAUUAAUCACACGUAUAAACACAUAAAGACACGUAAACAUACGCAUACAUACACGUACACGAACAAUACACAUAUAGGUAACACAGAAAAACGCAGAGACAUUCAGAUGCAAGUUUUCUUAGCUGAUAGGUGCUUAGGAUUGCGUAGAUUCUUAAUCGUAUAAGUAAGGCUGAGGAGGAGACAAAACGCGCCGUCGUCAAGUAUCAUUGACGAGGGUGGAUGAAGGACCGUUGAACAUAUCGCUAAUUAGAGAGGCACGCGCACGUGUUUCGCGAGCUGGUAUAUUUUCGCUGGUUCGGGAUUGCUCCGGCAGAGAGCGGUUCCAUCGCGCGACGAAUCGCGAUUCUUUGACUUCGUUUAAGGGAUAAAAAUAUAUAAUGAAAAAGAACAAAAAAAAAAAAAAAAGAAAGCAGAUCACAGAGCGAUAAGUAGAGCGAGCUCGUCGCGUGGUUCAGGCUCGUGUUUAGGUCCGGUCGACGAUUAGUUCCUGAUCACCGAGCAUUCCUUUUUUUUUCUUGAAGAGACGCGCCCGUAGGCGACGUAGAACGAACCGAUCUGACCAGAGAGCACUCAGAGAGAGGGGCAUCUUUUUUCGUAGGGCUGGUCCGUUGUGUUGUUAAGAUGCGCUAGUGUCGUGUAAGAUAAUAAGAUUAUAAGAGAAACACUUAUACAUACAUAUAUAUACACACACACACACACACACACACACACACACACACGAACAGACAGAAACAUAGAAACGCUAUAAUGGUACAUACCUAAGUAGCCUAUAGUCCGCAGAGCGUAACAAAUUAAUAUCGUAGAGGUAUCACGAGGAGGGAGGCUCGAAAGGGGAGAGAGAACGAUGAGUCCUGACGAUGAAAUUUGCCACGACUUAUAUACACAAAUUAUGCACAAAUAUACACUACACAAAAGAGAAGAUCAGAGAGUGGCGCGCGAUAUUAGCGAGAUCGAAUCCUCGUGUCAAGAAGCGAAGAUUAUCAGUAGUGUCGUAGAGUCGUGAUAAAAGGUUGGGCCAGGACGAGGAAAAUGGUUGCGACGCCACUGGCUGUUUGAAACGGACAGCGCCAUCGUGGCUUUGAUCCAGGGGCGUCGCAACUCGUUCCCGGGCCCCGUCGAUUUUUGUCUAACCGACGUUCUGUUGGAGUCAAUUAAAUCUUAUUAAUAUACAUAUAUCAACCGUAGAAAGGUAGCGAGAGAGAGAGAGAGAGAGAAAAGAGAUUGUGUGUGUGUGUAUGUGCGUGCGUGUGUGUGUGUGUGUGUGUAAGAAGAGAGAUGAACGUGACGUUACUGGCUGGUGAGAGCGAGUGAGAGAGCCUGUUCCGCGAGUGUGAUUGAUCCAAAAAGCGGCUGGAGUGAGUGUGGCGGACGAAGCAUAAUGAAAAAACGAGAAAACUACAAAAAAAAAAAAAUAUAUAUUAUAAAGCGAGUGCCGGCCCGGGCAGUGUUGUUUGUGCCAAAGUAGGCUAGCUGUUGACUCUAGGGGAUGGGUCUCUCGACGAGCCAGCUGAUGUUCCUCACGAUCGAGCGUCGAUCCUACGCCUUUGAAGAGAAUCUCUAGCGAAUUGAUAGUGAACUUUCUUGAAAGAUGUAACAAUUGUGAUUGGAAGGCGUUGGAUGAGGUUCGUGGAGAGGGAAGAAUUCGACCAAUCAUGUUAGAGACGUAGCGAGUAGCCGGCAUGAGCGAAGGGGCCAGUCUUUGCAUCUAUUAUGAUCUGUCUUUCGAAUCUCUGAUGUAUUUACAUUGUUUAAUCCGAUGACUGCAUUUAUAGAUCCUAUCCUGGACGCAUCUGAACUCGUUUCGCGUCGAUGACACACUGGCUGUACACGAAUACAUGCUAGAGUUUAGAUUUUUAUGAGAGUUUGGUUGGCAUAUCUUCUUCUUUUCUUUUUUCUGGUUCUUGGCUUCCUCAGAACGGGCUUGGUUCUGGUAUUCGACUCGAUGCUGACGUUCAGGAGGAUGUUUGUUAAUUGUUUUAAGUGACUUCCUGUAUUUAGGUUGAUUUCAAGGAUUCGGGCUGAACCAGUAUAUUUUUGAAAUGAUUGGUAAGAUAUGGAAACCGUUGAUAAUAUAGUUUGGACGGUAUCUGAAAUUUUUAUUUGGGUUGGUUUAAGUAAUUUUAAAUAUAUUAAUAUAUUUUUGAAACACAUACUAGGGUACGGGAACUGUUGUGGAGGGGACUAAAAUUAAGGAAUUCCAUAUUUUCCUUCUUUAGAAUUAAAUAAAUCGUACAUAAUAAUAAUUGGAUUAAUUAAUAAUAGUCUUCUUAUGUUUUAGUGUAGAUUAUUGGUUCGGAAUUUUUACUAUGAACUAUUGGGAACUGCAAAAAAUGUUUUUUGUUUGUGGUAUGAAGUAGUAUUAAACUUUUAAUAACGAAACUUGAGUUUUUGUAACAUAAGAGAAAAUUGGACCGCAUUCAGUAUAGUAUACGAAAAGAAUACAAUUUUGUAAAUAUUUUUAAUUAAUUGACAGAAUAUUAUGGAAAAGUCAACCAUUCCAGUUACUACUAUUCAUUCACAAAUGUAAAUUCGAUAUUCAUUAAUUUAGAAUGAAAUAUUUUAUUAUUUAAAGUUACAGAGAAAUAAUCCACAUUAAUUCUUUACAAUAUACCGAUCUUUUAUUUCAAUAAAAUCAAAUUUUCGGUUAACAAAAAUUUUUCAUGUAUGUUCUUCCUUGACAAUCUGCAAUAUCUGAGCGUCAGCUUCGCUCUUGAGUUGCCUCGCAGUUUAAGCAUGUGUUUAUCGUUUCAUUCAAGUAUUAAAAAUCUAUAAACAAAGAAAAACAGGCUCUUUCAAUCGAUUCGCGGCUAGUCCAGUCGCAAGCGCACAAAACUGUCGGUCCUCCGGAUGUUCCCGCGCGAAAUGAUCGAUCGAGGGCCUGGCGCACAAUAGUAUUCCCGGCACAAUAUCUGCAAGCGUACCUGAAAAGCCUGUGUAAACGAGUCGCUACAGCUACGGAGCAAUUUUCAAAAAAAAAAAAAAAAGCAAAUAAAAACACGCUCCGUCGCAGGCGUUGCAUUCUCCGUUCAUUUUACUAGCGUUCUCGAGGAAUUUCUGAACACAUUCCCGUUCAAACACACUCACACACGUACACAUUUACAGAAACCUAUGCAUUCAUACAUGUUGGUCCACGCUGAACGAGUUCGAAUUAUUUUUUCUCGGACGUUUGCUGUUUUCUUCCUUCGUUUAAAGGAUUUUGAUCCCGUUUGACAAUGUUUGAAGCACGUCCUGAAGACGUUCGAGUUCUUUCGGCGUGAAACCCAAACAUGCGACUCCUCCAUCACCGUUAAAAUUCGUUCACUGAUUCUUUCGGACGUUGAAAGCACGCAAUGACAAUGAUUUCCUCGUUUUUUUUGCCUGGUUUCUCCGGAAUCAGAGGGGAAGAAAGCUCGAUUUCCGUUUUAGAGGACAGUAGUAAAAGUUUUAAGAGAUUGUUAUGAAUUCUGUGGGUGUCUACAGGGUGUUCGCAUCAUAUAGCACAACGUCGUGUAGCUCUUUUCCUCAAUUUCGUCUUUCUUCUUUUUAAUAGCCUGAAAAAUUGACUGAAAAUUUUGUUUUAAGAUAUAUCUCAUUUUUUCAAAAGUUUUUAGUAUUAUGACAGUGUAAGCAAUUCAAACGCAUUUGUUCAAAUUUGAAUACUUCUGUGUUUGACAUAGUUUGCGGGGGUUUGAAAGGGUUAAUUGAUUUCCUUGAGGAACAAACACACCCUGUAGAGGGUUCAGACAUGGAGUAUUAUCACUAGCUGGGUUGAGGGGGGCCGAGGUGAGGGUUGGGAUAGCCAGCACUCGCUACAUGGUGUCGCAAAUAUUCAGGCUCCGAAAUUUCUUCAGACCAAGUUCAAACAUAAUAUUGUGGAGAAUUGAUAAGAAAGAAAUUGACAAAGCUCGUUUGUGAAAUUUCUACGUGAGUCGUUCAAAUAUAUUAUGUAUACAGAUUAUUCGACGCGCGUUCGCCCGCGACUUCCUCAUAUAGACGACGUAUUUUUAUAUGAAUAGAAAAUGAGAAACAGAGAGAUAGAAACGAAAGAGACCAAAUAAGACGAAGAUCUCGAUGAAGAUCUCGAUCGGGACGAAAGUUUAGAUACGGUUGCGUAAUGGUUGAAGAGAUCCCGGCUAACUGUACACCCUGCGCUCUCCUUCUACUGUUUUAACCGUGGAAUUUGAUAAUCUUUGUGGAAAAUUAUUCAGAGUCACAGCUCCUUUCAGGUUCAAAUAAGUUACAGUGCAAUUGUAGAUUGUAUGUUUCACGAAACGUUUUUAAUGUUUUACAGAACGUGUUUAAAGAUUUGAUAAAGUAUCUACGUUACUCAUUUUACAUAAUAUCACAGAAGAAAUAAUACGAAAUAAAUAAGAUCCAAGUCUAAUAAUAUAAAUGUAAAAUCUAACUGCUCGGUCAAUUAAUUUAUUCCUAUAAUCAAAUUUAAAUGUUUCGAGCCCAACGUGAUUAUUGAAAAUGUUAGAUGCUAUCUACAAGUCUAAACAUAAACAUUUUCAAAUUUUAGCAAAAACGAUGGUCAAACAUUCACCACCAAAGCCCCAAUAGGUUAACGGCAAUCAGGAUGUGAAAUGCCAAGUUAGUCAUUAGGAAGGAGAUCCAGGGUGCUCAAAAUUUGGAGCGAAACUUCCAACGUUAAACACACAAACAAAAAAUCCAUUGAAACCAAAAACCUGUUCGGACCAAGGAAAUUCGGGGUCUGGUUCGAGCCACGCAGUAGACGAAGCUUAGCCUACAGAGGUUAUUAGGAGUAUAAAUAAUUAAAGAAGAGGCACGUAUGUAUACCCACACCGAUCGCGAACACCCUCACACGAAACACGGACAAACCAUCGCACGCAUACACGCCGUGCAUGCACGUUCAAACAUCCUCAAACACGGUUUACACCCUGAAAUACGGAUGAAAAACAUUCAAACGGUACUCAAGUAUUCAGAAACACGUUCAAACGGUACUCAAAUCACACGUUCAAAUACACAUGGAAACCUAUACAAUACAUAUAUAUAUAUUUGAUAUAUCGCAAUGUAACAAGUGUGUCCAAAAGUGCGCAGCAGCUGCAUCCCAAUAAUCUAUAUUUUAUUAAUAACUGAUAAGGAACUAGGAUUAUCGACGUUAACGGUUUAAUGGAUAAAUUGAGCAGAGAAGAGUUAAUCUAUUACGAAUCUGUCGUAACACACGCGGUACAUAUACAUAUAUAUAAUAUAUAUAUAUAUUAGAGACACGAUGAGAUCUGAGCACGACAAACCGAAAGAAAGAACGAACGAAAGUAAAUAUGAAAAAGGGACAGAGCGAAUGUAAUGGAACGAAUGAACGAAUCCAGGGAAUAUCCGAAAGACGCGUAUGAAGGAAUUUACGUGUGUAUCCUCGUUGAAAGUUGAGGAUAGUUUGCUUGCCUAAUCAGGGCCUUAGGCGUCGUUCACGAUAGAACUAAAAGGGAAGCAGGGCCAGCUGUUCGCUCGGAUCUCCAACGAACAGACACACAGAUAGCGAAGGGACGCUUCUCACGAUGUUCGAGCAAGCUUUUCUCCAUAUGCGAUAUGGCUGUUACACGAAUUCGAUCAAAGAGGAACGCUAUCAGCUAAAAAGAGACACACGUGGUCGACGAUCGAUUCAAAAGUAUCUGAAUUUUCUCGUACUCCUUAUUCUUUGUAAAUUUUCAAAUUCUUAUAAAGUCGCUGACAUAUCAAUGUUAAAUCUAUAAUAAAAAAAUUCGCGCUUUUCCGUAGAAAAAUAAUGUUGUACUUUGGGAUCGCUCCAAAGUUGUUGUCGUUUCUCUUUUUUGUUAUUCAUGGCAUAGCGGCGCCUCGAUGAGAAAUCGAUCAGGAUGAUAGACGUUCUGGUGUGCCUGUUGAGUGAUUCUGCGAUCUUUUUGUCCGCUUUUCUCUUCUACGGCCGCUGUAAUAGACAUUAGGAGGCUCCGAGACGAGACGAUGUGAAAUGUCGCUUCUCUCAUACGGGCCUCGAUUAAGUCGGACUUCUAUCGGUCGUUAGCUGGUCGUUAAUAGUCGUUGUGACGUCGAUAUGAUUGCCAAAAAAGCGAUAUAUAAAAAAAAGCAGAAAAACAAAAAAAAAAUGCGAAAGGAGAGCUGGGAAGAGAAAGCUGGAAAGCUAAGCCUAAUUAAUUAACACGGAAGAGUUUCUCGACGACCCCAUCGAAUCGAAUUUCGAACAGCAACAAACAGAAACAAAAGAGAAGAAGGAAUAUAUAUAGGGAAAAAUAAUAUUGACGAUCUUCUUUACCGACUAGGAGGGGAGCGUUCAGUCGCGAGACAGAACAUUAGGAUUAUCUAAGGGUAGUUGUUAAGUGGACGAAAACACAGAAAUAAUAAAAAAAAAUGAUUUAAAAAGAAACAAAAAAUCGUGACACGUGAGACACGUAUAAUGAUGAAAAAACACAGGCAAACGCAUACAUGCAUAAACAUACACAUACGUACACAGUGUACACACGAUGUAGCGUGUUAGACUCGUGUAGUAGCCCCCCACCCCUUCCCCCUUUCUAAUUAAGCCUCCAGAUCUUAACGAGUACUAUAAUGUAUAGUUGAACUCGACAAUCACUCGACUCUCUGUAUCGAUAAUUCUCGAGGGGAGGAAA